CAAUUAAUAACUUGUCACACGGAAUCGGAGUCUAUGUUUUGUGUGGAAUUUGAAUACCCUAAGCUUUAUUUAUACCGGUGAAUUUUCGCGAAAGUUAUGUUAAGUGAAUUAAUACUAAAAUAUUAAUAAAUUCUAAAUUCCGCAGAAACAAAACACAUAAUUUAGAAAUGAAUAUCGGUAGAAAGGAUGGUGGACCGGGCUAUGUUGGUAUUCAGUUCUGCCAAGAAUGCAACAACAUGCUUUACCCGCGGGAAGAUAAAAACAACAAAGUUCUCAUGUAUGCUUGCAGAAAUUGCGAUUAUAAACAAUUAGCGGACUCAAAUUGCGUAUACGUAAACAAAAUUAUGCACGAAGUAGACGAACUGACGCAUAUAAAUCCUGACGUAGUGAGCGAUCCCACUCUACCCCGUACUAAGGACCAUAUGUGUCCAAAAUGCAAUCACAGAGAAGCAGUCUUCUUCCAAGGACAAACGAGACGAGCUGAAGAAGAAAUGAGGCUCUACUAUGUAUGUACCAGUUGUAAACAUAGAUGGACUGAGUAAAUGCCAUUUCCUUGUUUAAUAAAUCAGAGUAAUCAUACAUAUUAAGAUAUCUUGAUAAAUUAUACUUAUCCAUAUAUAAAGUGUACAGCAUCAAAUAUAUGUCCUAUGUGAUAUGUUUUAGAAUAAAAAGAUUUUGAACUUUCUGUACUACAAAUGCAGCAAUUUGGUAAUAUAGGAGUAUUUUUGAAAUAAAAGACCACAAUUUGA